CCACCCGUCCACAAUCCAGGCUCUCCCCGUUUAUUCGUCCCCUGUUUAUGCGCCCGGCAAGACAGUGAAACGGUAUGCACGGCAGGUCUAGAUAUAGACGAGUCAUACCGGCCGUCAUCUGGGCUUUGACGCCGCAAAAUCUGCCAGCAGGGAAGGCUGAGGGUUUUCGGGCGGUCUGCCUGCAUCUGGCGCUGUUGGAAGUCCAACAUGCAUAGCUGCCUUCACGAUGGCCCGCGUAUAUGAAUCUGUGGGUAUGUAAGUCGAGGGAUGGAAUUGUCUCCCUUUCUUAAGUCAUGACAGCUACUACCCUCAUAUUUCUAUGUCGCUGCGAGUUGAUGUGACGAGGCUGGUGAAGCCACUAUUCAAUACAUUUACUACUCUCAUACUUCGAUAAGACUGGCAUGCGGCAUCGAGCCAUUGCUAUUGUUCGCUGUCGAUGCGUUGGCUCCUCGGAUACGAUUGCUCUUCAUUCUCCACAGUAGGGCUUUUCUGUUGUGUGGACGACAAAGACGCGGCAUCUACGACGGGUUUCUGUUGCAGAUACGGAGGAAAGGCAUCUAUCACACAGUCUAUCCCAAAAAUCACUGUUACUACUGCGGAGCAGCCAAGAACGAGUCUUCACCCACCCAUGAUAGCCGCUCGACAAUCUGCUCAAACACGCCAGCAGUCUUCAAUUGCCCCCCAGGCUCUCACCGUGCCUGUGGCAACUGGUCGAAAGCGCAUACAGCCUGAAAUGGCGCAAUCACAGUUCAUGUCGAAUCCUCCUCUUCUCACGGCAACUCUCCGAAUAAAUUCAACUGCUACAAACCAAGGUGUGACGACACCCCGGCUGGAUUCUACUUCCCAACAACCUUGGAAUCGUCAACAACAGUCGUCCUACGAGCAGCCACGAGAGCCCACAACACAACGACAACUAUCGAGUCGGCAACAGCUGCCGUCUUACAAUAUGCCCCCUCCUCAAAGACAAUCACCAACUCGCGAACAUCUGCCGUCUUACAGUAUGUCCCCGACUCAAAGACAAUCACCAACUCGCCAACAGCAGCUGCCCUACCAUAAUCCCUCGAGUGCAAGACAACCAGCUCCUCGUCGACAACCGUCGUCCCAAGGGUUGCUAGUAACUACACAACCACCCACCGACCCGGAAAAGAUAGCGGCCCUGAAUCUAAAGCUUGAGACUUAUCGCCAGAUCAUAGUCGACCUAAUGAAGCCGACCAUCAGUCAACAACAGCCCGCAGUCAGCGCUGAACAGAUCAGAUCAAGUCUCCGAAAAGCCGUGUCCAAUCCACAACCUCGAACCACAGCCACACCAUAUCCUGACACUCCACCAUAUUCCCCGCCACCUAAACAAGAUAUUGCGAGCCAGUCACAGCUCAACCCUGAACGUUUUGAACUGCCUGCAACGAGCCUGCAACAAUCUAGGCCCGUCCAACGAAUUAUUACAACGCCACCCCCUGUGGAUACGAACCCGUACAGGAAUAAGAGGUCUGAACUUAGUGCAGCAACAGGCAAUCACCGCAGGACAAUAUCCCAACCUCAAAUGGAACGUCCCCGGUGGCCUUCGACACCCAAACUGUCCGAGGCGCCUUCUCGUACACUCGGCGCGACCGAAGUGCCUAAAUCAGAGCCGCCCAGACAGCCUCGUGAUUCUAACGAUGUCCCCGUUCCAUCAGGCUGUUGCAUCCUGGACCGCAGAGCCAUUGAACGUGGACUCGGGCUGAUGGCGGAGUACUUGCACCACAACAACGCCGACCUAACCAUCAUUGCCGUCGGCGGAGUGGUCUCCUCGUUCUUCCUCCGCGCCUGGGCCACGACCACCGACGUCGACGCACUAGGAAGUACCCUCACCACCGCCCAGCGCAGGUUGCUCGCCAGCGCUGUAUUAUACGCUAAAUCGCGCGGCCCCGUCCCGCUAGGCGACGGGUGGUUCGGCGGCGAGAGCGCGGUGGAUAUGCGUCCCGAGGUAGCGCGCGACGUCUACGAGCUCUCCGAGCAGCAGAACGAUAUUGUGUACUGCAGCGAGGGGUUGACAGUUCUGGCGCCACGGUGGAGUUAUGCGUUUAUGGUGUGCGUGGACCGACUGUCUCGUGGCAUGGGGAGGCCCUAUGAUAUGGGCAAUGCGGUGCUGUAUAUGCAUCAGUACAUCAAGAUCGGGAAGCACAAGCUCAUUCCGAUCUUGGGGAUUAUGAAGUGGGGGGAAGGGUAUGAUUUGCAUGUUACCUUGGAGGUACUGCGCUCUGUCAAGAAACAUUAUCUGAGGCAUUAUGAGAGGGAAGCGAUUUCGGAAUGAUUUAAUGAUGGCUCUUAUAUUCUUGAUUUGCUGUAUUUUAGCUGGUUUCAUGGCGUUGGCGGACGUGGGAUGAUGGAGUAUGCAUUGGGAUUUAGAUGGGCCAGGCCCUUUCUUAGUCUCCUAAAUGAUACCC